AUGACAGUGCUGGAGGGGCGCCCUGCGCGCAGAGGAGGCACCGGAUCCAUGUCCUUCAGUCAGCUGAUGGAGGCAACUCUGGCAGCAGCGAACAACGCCCCCGAGGUGCUCCGAGGGGAGGUCGUGUUGGAUCUCAGCGUCGAGCUCGCCGUUAAGCGGAUAUUGCCGCCUGGAAGGAUGAUGUGGAAAUCCACGCCCGCGUACGCGACGACGCUUGUCGACGCCCUCUGCCCGUCCGAGGAUCCCAUCCCCAUGCCGACGCCGCCCGUGGCGGGCCACCGCGACGUCGCUGAUCCGCCCUUGCUGCGGGAGGUGGGCUAUUUGCCUCACUUGAUGAGGCGCUGUCGGCAUGCGGAUGUUAUUGACACGGCCAGCACAAGUGACGACGAGGACUGCUGGGGCUUGGCAGUCCUGGAAGCCGGGCUGACUCCGGACGGAGCCACGCAGCUCGACGUCUUCUGUAUCCCACUGUUGAGGAUGAUCUGGAACCGGCGGGGCCCUCCGUACCUGACCAUCAGCUUGGUCCUUGUGUGUCAUGAUGCAGACGCGCGGGCAGACUCGCGGGUAGGGCCCCGGUUUAUCCCCGCCGAUUGGUGGUCUGAGAGUGACGAACCGAGUUGUGUGAGAUCAUCUAGCGUGUUUAUGGCGUUGUAA